GGCCUCAGGCCCGGCUCCGCGGAUUCGGCUCCGCGGAUUCGGCUCCGCGCCGGGGGCGGGUCCGGGGGCGGGUCCGGGGCGUUCAGAUGCCCGCGACGGAAGGACCUGUUUCAACAGCCCCAGCUGAGGUCGGCGGCCGGCGGGGAGGUAAGGGGCUCAGAGACGCAAACGUUCCCUCCCGGAGCCAAGUUCCCCGCUGUUCUCGCGGGCCACCUCGUUUUCCUUCCCCCACUGGCCGCGACUCGGAGGGUUCCGUUCCGCGGCGGGGGCGCGGCCGGGGACUGGGCUGCGAGUGGGCUGCGGCAGGCGGGUCGGAUAGAGUUCGCGGCCCGCCCCGAGGCCGCCUCACGACAGCCCGAAGACAAAAGAGGCUCGGCGGGGGCGUCGUCGCCCCACGCCCGGAACUCAGUUCCCCACUUCUCCCGCGGGGCCGCCAGAGACCUGCGAGCGUCGGGAGCGCUACGGGCCUGGUCAAGGCGGGGUAGCCAUAGCGCCAGCCCCUAUCUCCGCCCCCGCGCCUUUCAGCAGUAAGAAACUCUAGUUGGCUUGCUUUCCAGUCAUAGUUUGGUUCUGUCAUUUUAAAAAGUCCGUACCUUGUAACGCCGGGCUCCAUCUCGAGAACUGACCGAGGCUGUGAGUGCUUGGGAACCGGGCCCGCUCGGCGGCCGCAGCCCGGGCGUCCCACCUCCUUGCAGCAGGUCGGACGCCGAGGCCCCGGAGCAACGCGGAGAUGAGGAGCAGGAGCAAUUCCGGGGUCCGCUUAGACGGAUACGCGCGGCUGGUGCAGCAAACAAUCCUGUGUUACCAGAAUCCCGUCACGGGGCUGCUGUCAGCCAGUCACGAGCAGAAGGACGCCUGGGUGCGGGAUAACAUCUACAGCAUCCUGGCCGUGUGGGGCCUGGGCAUGGCCUACCGCAAGAAUGCUGACCGUGAUGAGGACAAGGCCAAGGCCUAUGAGUUGGAGCAGAACGUGGUGAAACUGAUGCGGGGUCUUCUCCAGUGCAUGAUGAGACAGGUGGAUAAAGUGGAGAGGUUCAAGCACACUCAGAGUACCAAGGACAGCCUGCAUGCCAAGUACGACACCGCCACCUGCAGCACCGUGGUGGGCGACGACCAGUGGGGCCACCUCCAGGUUGAUGCCACCUCCCUCUUCCUCCUGUUUCUGGCCCAGAUGACUGCCUCCGGCUUACGUAUUAUUUUCACUCUUGACGAGGUGGCCUUCGUACAGAAUCUUGUUUUUUACAUAGAAGCUGCAUAUAAAGUCGCUGCCAACCUGAAUCAGGAUGGAGGGCAACACCAUCGGCACCUGGGCAGGAGCUGCGGUGCCGUGGGGAUCACCCCAGGCAGCCCACAGGAUUAUGGAAUGUGGGAACGUGGAGAUAAGACCAAUCAGGGCAUUCCAGAACUGAAUGCAAGCUCUGUAGGAAUGGCCAAGGCAGCCCUAGAGGCAAUUGACGAACUGGACCUUUUUGGAGCCCAUGGAGGUCGCAAGUCCGUGAUCCACGUUCUGCCUGAUGAGGUCGAACACUGCCAGUCUAUUCUGUUCUCCAUGCUGCCAAGAGCAUCGACAUCUAAAGAGAUAGAUGCUGGGCUUCUUUCCAUUAUUUCUUUCCCGGCCUUUGCAGUGGAAGAUGUGAACCUUGUGAAUGUGACCAAAAAUGAAAUUAUUUCCAAGCUCCAGGGGCGUUAUGGAUGCUGUCGCUUCCUUCGAGAUGGUUAUAAAACCCCAAGAGAGGACCCAAACCGAUUGCAUUAUGACCCUGCUGAACUCAAGCUCUUUGAAAACAUUGAAUGUGAAUGGCCUGUGUUCUGGACUUAUUUCAUAAUAGAUGGGGUCUUCAACGGUGAUGCCGUUCAGGUCCAAGAAUACCGAGAGGCCCUGGAGGGAAUAUUAAUCAGAGGCAAGAACGGGAUCCACCUGGUGCCUGAGCUCUACGCCAUCCCGCCUAACAAGGUAGAUGAAGAGUAUAAGAAUCCUCACACGGUGGACAGAGUUCCUCUGGGGAAGGUGCCCCAUCUGUGGGGUCAGUCCUUGUACAUCCUCAGCUCCCUGUUGGCAGAGGGAUUCCUUGCCACUGGUGAAAUUGAUCCCUUAAAUAGAAGAUUUUCCACUUCCGUCAAACCUGAUGUCGUAGUACAAGUGACUGUUCUGGCAGAGAACAACCACAUUAAGGAGCUGCUGAGGAAACAUGGGGUGAGCAUCCAGAGUAUUGCCGACAUUCAUCCAAUCCGAGUCCAGCCAGGCCGGAUUCUUAGUCACAUAUAUGCCAAGCUUGGACGGAAUAAGAAUAUGAAAUUGAGUGGGCGACCAUAUCGGCACAUUGGUGUCCUUGGAACAUCUAAACUAUAUGUGAUUAGGAACCAAAUCUUUACUUUCACACCCCAGUUCACUGACCAGCAUCACUUCUACCUGGCCCUGGACAAUGAGAUGAUGGUGGAGAUGCUGAGGAUCGAGCUAGCCCACCUGUGCACCUGCUGGCGGAUGACGGGCAGACCCACGCUCACCUUCCCUGUCACCCACACCAUGCUCACAAACGAUGGCUCAGAUAUUCAUUCUGCUGUUCUUUCUACAAUUCGAAAACUAGAGGAUGGAUAUUUUGGAGGAGCUAGAGUAAAAUUAGGGAGUCUUUCGGAAUUUCUCACCACCUCCUUCUACACGUAUCUGACCUUCCUGGAUCCAGACUGUGAUGAGAAGUUGUUUGACGAUGCCAGUGAAGGGAGCUUCAGUCUUGAUAGUGAUUCAGAUUUGGGAGGAUAUUUGGAAGACACCUAUAAUCAAGAAAGCCAGGAUGAACUUGACCAGUAUAUCAACCACCUCCUGCAAAGCACAUCCUCGAAGUGCUAUCUGCCACCUCUUUGUAAGAAGACAGAGGACAGCCAUGUUUUCAGUGCCAUCUACUCCACUCGGGAUAUACUUUCCGUGAUGGCAAAAGCAAAGGGUUUGGAAAUUCCAUUUGUUCCCAUGGCUUUGCCAACUAAAGUUCUAAGUGCCCACCGUAAAUCACUGAAUCUUGUUGAUUCUCCUCAGCCGCUCCUAAAAAAGGCCCCCGAAGAUGACUUCCAGUUUCCCAGAGAUGACCACGGCGACGUAGACUGUGAGAAGCUGACUGAGCAGCUAAAAGAUUGUUCGAACCUACAGGACCAAGCGGACAUUCUGUACAUUCUGUAUGUAAUAAAACAGAAGACGACGCAGCCCUCUCGGGGUCCCGGCUGGGACACAAAUCUCUCUGGACAGCACGGGGUCACUGUUCACAACCUCCUCAGCGAGCUCUAUGGAAAAGCCGGCUUGAACCAGGAGUGGGGUCUGAUCCGCUACAUCUCUGGCCUACUCAAGAAGAAAGUGGAAGUCCUGGCUGAGGCCUGCACGGACCUGCUGUCGCACCAGAAGCAGCUCACGGUGGGCCUGCCGCCAGAACCCCGGGAGAAGACCAUCUCUGCGCCUCUUCCCCCCGAGGAGCUCACAGAACUCAUUUACGAAGCCAGCGGGCAGGACAUCAGCAUCGCUGUCCUCACGCAGGAGAUUGUGGUUUACCUGGCAAUGUAUGUCAGGGCACAGCCCAGCCUCUUCGUGGAGAUGCUGAGACUCCGGAUUGGACUCAUCAUUCAGGUGAUGGCCACGGAGCUGGCGCGGAGCCUGAACUGUUCAGGAGAAGAAGCUUCUGAAAGUUUGAUGAACCUCAGCCCUUUCGAUAUGAAAAAUCUCCUACACCAUAUUUUAAGUGGAAAAGAGUUUGGUGUUGAAAGAAGCGUGCGGCCUAUCCAUUCCUCCACAUCCAGCCCUGCCAUCUCCAUCCAUGAGGUGGGACAUACUGGAGCCACCAAAACCGAGAGGAGUGGCAUCAACAGGCUGAGGAGUGAGAUGAAACAGAUGACUAGGCGAUUUAGUGCUGAUGAACAGCUCUUUUCUGUGAGCCAGGCCCCGGCCGGCAGCGCACGCUCCUCCAAGUCUCUGAGGUCCAGCACCCCAUCCUCACCCACGGGCACGUCAUCGUCAGACUCAGGUGGGCAUCACAUCGGCUGGGGGGAGCGGCAGGGCCAGUGGCUGCGCAGGAGAAGGCUGGACGGGGCCAUCAACAGGGUCCCCGUGGGAUUCUACCAGAAGGUGUGGAAGAUCCUUCAGAAGUGCCACGGUCUGUCCAUCGACGGUUAUGUGCUCCCAUCCUCGACGACGCGAGAGAUGACCCCACAGGAGAUCAAGUUUGCUGUCCACGUCGAGUCGGUGCUGAACCGAGUGCCGCAGCCUGAGUACCGGCAGCUGCUGGUGGAGGCCAUCAUGGUGCUGACGCUGCUCUCGGACACGGAGAUGAACAGCAUCGGGGGCAUCAUCCACGUGGACCAGAUCGUGCACAUGGCCAACCAGCUGUUCCUGCAGGACCAGAUGUCGAUCGGUGCCACGGACACGCUGGAGAAGGACCAAGCCACGGGCAUUUGCCACUUCUUUUACGACAGUGCUCCCAGCGGGGCUUAUGGGACAAUGACCUACCUAACGAAGGCGGUGGCUUCUCAUUUGCAGGAAUUGCUGCCCAGUUCAGGCUGCCAGAUGCAAUAGGGCCUCGGCGCUCUGAGUCUGUCACUUUCUCAUGGGAACUUUCUUGUGUUCCCCAAGAUCCCCUGUGCUGUCACAAAAGCAUUUCCCAUCAGAAGCACUGGCAGGGAGGAGAUGGCAGUGACACACCUGAAAGCAGUAUACGUCCAAGCCACAGAAUCCUGUGCCCGCCCCGAGGAGCGCCCUGGGAUCAUCGUCUACAUUCAUUUUGCUGGAAAGUUUGUCACAGCAUCUGGUCUCCUGGAGUCUGAGGAGGUAUUGGAAAUUGGUCUCUUUUGAGUGCAGAGUGAAGUGAGAAGGCAGCUUAAAUUGGCUUUCACAGAGUUACCGAACAGGUGCAAUGAGCUAGUGACACAUCUUCAAGAUGGAAAGAUCCUUCCAGCAGCUGCGGACCUUGACAAGGGGCACAUCUUAACAGGGUACAGUCUGUCUGUGGGUCAAAGUGUUUAGCAAAUAGAACAACUCAUUCUGCAGAGGUUUGGUUUUCUUGUGCCUUGCUUUCCUUCUUGGCCUGUUGCUGUCUGUCUUAUUGGCAUAGCUACCUUUGCGUGACAAUUCUCUUUCGCCAAGAUUUAGAAAAUUGCUCCCACUUAACUUUGGCUCAUGGUCUUCAAGGAUUUUAUCUUGGCCACCCAUGAGUUAGGGAUUUCUCCUGCCUUAUGAAAAAAUCCCACAUCAUCUUCCAGAAUCUAACCAAAAAAAAAAUAGAAAAAAGGCAGAGGAGAAGCCAGCUCUUCUUAUAGCUGGGCCAACUGUUGUUUUGGGGCUGGCAUAGGCAGGGAGUCCCUCUGGAAGGCCUGUGCCCCCGCCCCCGUCAUGGGGUGACGGCCGGCAGGGAGCGGCACGCCCCCCCGUGUUCUGGGGGAGCCACGUGAUGAGUCUGCAGCACCAGAUGCCACAGAAGUGCAUGGUGUGCUCAGAAACAAUGCUUCCCUCUGCGGCAGAGCCAGGCUGGGGCCUCAAGCCCUUCUCACAGCAGCACUUUUGCCUUAAGGCUCUCAGGUGGGGGUGUGGCUGGAGGCCUUGAUUGCAGAGGAGUGAGGGCAAAUCGUGAUGGGGCAGGGCCUCGCCAGUCUUUGCCAAGGUCCUAAUGGAUGGAGUUUCUCUCCAGGUGUCUUACGGGGAUGGGGGGGUGGGCAUGACACACAACAGGGAAAACCGUUUCUGUGAAUAAUGGACUUUGAAGGACAGUCACCUGGUGGCCUCGUGGUGCGCUCUGGCUGGUUGAGAGUGACGGCUUAGAUUGGUGAUGACUCUGCCUCUGAAAUGGAAACCUGGCCAUUGGAUCUUUGCAUGGAAGUUUGCGUGAAGGUGGAGAAAGCCGAUGCUCAGGCUGCUUUGAGAGGACAGCAAGGUGCCCGGUGCCCCUCAGAGUCAAGAUGCGGCACUGACCAGUAUUCUUGAAGCAGAGGAAAGGCAGGGAGGGUUCCUGCUAAAGAGCCUUGCUUCAGUCCAAGCCAAACACUUUGUAGUUGCCCCUGGGGGAGAGAGUCUGGAACACGAGUCUUGGCUCACCCGCUCGGUGGUGCACAGGCACUGUUUACACAGGACAUCGAUGCCUUGGCUUCAUGUUUAUUUGAAACCAUAAUGUUUUCCUUGCUGAGGUACAGAGUAGUUACGUAAAGAAAAGUGCCCAAAAUCUCUUUCAAUUUCUGCUCCAGUGGACUCCCGCAUCCCCCCCCCCCUUCCUAUUACUGUCGAUAUGUCAAACCUUUCUCCUCAGAUUACUAGAUGGUUCCUUCUGUCAUUCAUCGGCACGUGUGGGACGCUCUGUCUGUGAUUCAGCGCUCAAGGCCCUCAGCCUGCGCAGGAAAGCCAAUGUGAACAGGUGACCAGGCUUUAGCGUGGCGGGGGGGGGCGUGACAGAGCUGGACGAGGGCUGGGCUGGGAAGGUAGGGCCGGCCCAGAGCCCUGCCAUCAGCAUGGCAGACCCCAGAGACGGUGUGGGUGGCCUGGCGCCGUGCCCCCUGAGCCCCCCGCAGUGCCCAGAGCCUUCCUGUUUGUGCCCCGUCUUCCCUUGGAAGCCUGUUUGCUCUCAUGUUCCUCGGCAGGUCCAGGGGGGGUCACAGCCACCCACGUUUCAUAGUCGCAUUUUCAUGGCCUUUAUUUCUGGUGUCUUUAAGACAUGCUUGACAUAAACAAGACUCAUGUCAUUCACCAGACAGACUCCCUGGUAGAUCAUUUCAAACACAUAAUGUAAGAAAGGUACAAGCUGCUAAAGGCCCGGUUGCUUCUUUGGCAAAGGCUCGAGAAGAGUUACAGCCCACCAGAAUGAGCCAGGUGCUAAUUUAGAACGAUCACCUGCCUGUGGAUGACGCGCAAAGCCGCAGAUGCCGUGUUUGGGCUCACCAACCGAGACGCGGGCGGCCAGGACAAGAGCCAUAAUAAGCAAUUCAACUGAGCCUUCGAUUCACUCUUUUGAAACCUCUUUCAAAUGAAAUCCUGAAAUAGUACCACAUUUCCACAGGCAUCAAGCUGUCAGCUUCAAAGAAGAACAGGCUUCUGAGGCUUGAUCCCUUUCACAAGCAGCUGAGGCCCACACCACCAAGAAAAGGAACAGAUGUUCGAGGGGGAUGGGAGAGGCCUGUCCUGCCACCAUCCUGGCCUCUGCGGAUGGGCCCAGGUUUCCACACCAGGAGCCCCUGGCACCUUGGGGCUGGGCAGCAACGAAGACCCAACAGAGCCAAAAAUAAAUAAAUAAAUACAUACAUACAUACAUAAAUUUUAUAGGAAAAAAGAAGAACUUGAAUGUCAUAGAAAGCAGUUCUGGAUUUUGCAGGGCCUUGGGGUUAAAAUACUGAUGAUGAUUGUAUUGCAGAUGUGCAGAAAUAAGAGAGCUCUGUUUAAGAGGGUGCCGGGCCACAGAGCAUUUUCAUUUUAUUUCUUGGUAAACCCUUUUCUGCAGCUAAGAAGUAACAAAACUAAUCAACUUGAAUUCCAGUCACAGGAAGCCAGAUAUGCCCAGUAGCAACCCAGGCUGGGCUGGGGGAGCCGGGAGGCUGUCCGGUCAAACCCGCAUCUCCCCAGUGGACGUCAGUCCGGAGGUCAGAGCGUCUGCAACUCUCCUGAGGUGCGGCGAAUAAAAGGAGAGAUCGUUACGCAAUAGCUGCCUGGAUAGAGGAUGUAAAUGCUCCUUAUGUAAAAAAAGAAAGAAAAAAGACCAGAAGAUCAGGAGGCAAGAGAAACAAGUUUGUCAGUUGAUUGAUGCCAUUUAUUUCUGGACAAGAAGACAGGUGGCUCGGCCUCCCUUGAUGUAAAUUACAGCAGAGCAUCUCUCAGUUCUGUUGACUUGCGCGGGAGUCUGGCAAAUCGCUUUUGUCUUCCCUGCUUCCUUGUUGUCAAAAGGUACAAAAGCCUCCCACCCCCUCCCUUGGCACCAUUAUCUUUCAAGGUGACUCUUAUGCUUUUGAAGUCCCUGCCAUCUGUUCUGUACAGCUCUGCACUUCGCAUGUUCCCAGAAUGCCUUCUGUUCUCCCGGACUUGGCCACUGAUAACUCUGCUUGUGAGGGGAAGGUAAAGCCACACUGCCACCUUCUUAGAGCCCAGUGUCCCCUUGUUCCCUCAAAGCCAUUUAGGAGAAGCCGUAUCCUUAAGUUACCAAGAGAAUUCUCUGAGGAACAAGACCACCUGAAACCGCAAGAGAGACUGUUCUCAAACCUAAUGCACACAGCGUUUGAUAGUUUGGGAGAGGGAAAAAUUCCAUCAGAAAACAACUGUGUAUGUUUUUAAGGAACAUAUGUGCAAUUUUGGCAAAAAUGCCUUCUUAGAAGGACUGGAAUCAUGGGAACCAGUGAACUCUGACGUCACAUGACUCCCCCCUCCGUCUUGUUGCAGCAUGUCAGCUAUUCUGAAAAAUGAAUUGCUCAAGAAGGCACUUACUGGGGGCCUAUUACAGUAUUACCCAGGCGUCACUCGGCCCACAGAAUACGGACCAGCACGGCGGGGAUGAAGAAACGCCCGUCUCGUUUGAGAAGACCUCUAAGGAGGCACGUUGUCCAGCGUCCCAUGGAAGCGUUCCCAGCACUGCUCCACCAGGACAGCCACGCGUUGGCCCUCAAUCCUGAGCGUCUUUGACCUGUCCCUUAGCGGGGUGGCCUCCAGACGCCUCCAGCUGGUGGGCUAAGGGUGUAGCCCCAAGCUGCUUCUGAAAUGGGCGUGGGGCAAUGGUUACGCCUUCCAUUUUUCCUUUUAGAAAGACCUUUCCAGAUACAAACCCAGGAUAGACUUGCCAAGGAGAAUUCAUAGUCACUGGCUGUAUUCUCUCAUGGCCUCUGUGUCACCUUUCACCACUGUGUCAGAGUUUUUAGUUGCAAAUUACAGACAGCAACUCUAGCUGGGUAGGAAACACGUUUCUUAAAGGAUAUAGGAUAAGUCACAUGAUCACCAGACUUGGUGACUCCCCAGCCAAGAACAAGGCCCCAGGUCACCAGGCUCACACCCUGGAGCUUACACCACAGAUGCCCCCAACGCUGACCAAUGUCACUAGGACCACCGCCUCCUCUCUUUCAGAAACUAUUUUAAAUAUAGAGGCUGCCACCUGUCAACAGAGUAGGUUUCAUACAGUCACUAGCUGUCAAGUCAGACUCUGGCAGGUGUGUUCCAUCAGCUGGGGCGGGGUUGUCGGCUGAGAGGGAGGUUGGAAAAGCCAGUAUCUGAGACUUCCUCCUCCUCAAGUGGAGGUGGGGCCGGCUUCAUAACAUGGGGGACCACCCCCCCAGACCCAGGAAGGGCGUUCCGAUGCUGAGCAUCUAAAACUAAGCGUCCACUACAGCCAGGACCCUUGGCUUGUAUUCCUCUGUCCAGAGAAGCAGGACAUGUGCUCUCCUGGGGUCUGCCCUUUGGCGAGGCUUGGUCAGCGGGAGUGAAGAGGGUGUGCACAGCAGGCGGCCAGGGCCCCCUCUGGGCUCAAGCUGGACCAAUCACAGCUUCUCUCUGCCUGUAGAAAUGUUUCUAAGUCAUAGGGGCUGGGUCGCUGCUGCUACCCGGCCUGCACAGCAGACCACCUCCUGCCACUCAGCCUCUAAGGAGCUGUUGCAAAGCUCCCGGCAUACCAGCCCAGCCCUGGUAGCCUUUUCCUGGACCCUCUGAGUGACAGCCCAUCUGGGACAAGACGCAAAUGACUGUCUCAUCUUUCCUUCUAAGUCUUUAGCCAGCUGGGGGAUUUAAAAAUAAAGAGUUGGAACUGA